AUGUUUUUGAGGUUAAGUUAUAUUUUAAUAUUCUGUAGUUGUUGUUUUUUUACAACUAUUUAUUCGUGUUCAAUUACAUGUUUAAAUCAAACAAGCAGAGCCUUACCACCACCUAUAUUUAUUAAUGAUUCAUUAACUGAUAUUCAAAUUGUUUUCAAAAUAUCAUGUGAAGAUCAAAAUAUUACACUAUCAUAUGUCAAUGUAACACUAUCGGUUAGUAAUGAAAAAACGUUAGAAUUAAAAAGUCCAAAGGAGUUUGAGUUAGAUUUCACAACAAUUCACACACAAAAUGGCACAUUCAAUGUAACGGUACAUGGACUAUUGUUAGGAUACAGUCGUUUGUAUAUUCACGCAAUAUAUUUGGAUUCGAAUCAUUCGAUAUUAGAAAAUAUAACAACUGAUUAUGACGUUGAUUUUGCUGUCAAACGAAAACAGACUGUGCUAGAUACAAUAUUUACUGUUGUUAUCAUUAUUCUGCUUGCAUACGGUCUCGCAAAAGCAACAAAAUUGUCCUCAUCAACUGCUCUUGGACUGUUGGCAACUGGAGCAUCACCCGGUGGUGGAGCAUCAAACAUUACAAUAGCAGCAUUUGCUACAUUUCCUUUAUGGAUAUUAUUACUUGGUCGAGAUUUUAUUAAUGUUCACGCCGUGCACUUUCCAUGGGAAAAUAUGUUUUCAACGUUAUUUGCAUUAAUUGUACCAGCAUCAAUUGGUUUGGCAUUACGAUAUUUUAAACCGACUAUCGCCGAUCGUUUAACACGCUUAUUACGUUAUGUGACUAUCUUCUUUAUACUAUACAUUUUAACAUUCGGGAUUUAUACAAAUCUAUAUAUUUUUAAACUUAUAAAUUAUCGUAUAAUCAUUACAAGUGCAUUGUUACCAUGGACAGGGUUUUUUAUUGGCGUCGUUUUCUCAUUAGUAACUUGUCAAACACGCGAACGAUUAAUAUCGAUAUUUAUUGAAAGUGGUCUACAAAAUACUGGUGUAGCCAUAUUUUUUCUUCGAUUAUCUCUACCUCAACCAGACUCAGAUUUGGCAAUUAUUGUUCCAAUAUUUGUUGCUCUUGCUAUACCUAUUCCAUUGUUAAUUAUUUAUGCUAUUGUUAGUGCAUAUCGCUAUUAUCAUAAACGUAAAGCGGGUUUAACGAUAGUAGCUAUAAAUACACCAGAUGCAACUCAAUAUGAGCGACUACCAAACUCUGAUGAUGAGCCAUAG